UUUUUUCACCAAAACCGAUUAGAGUUUUCGAACAAUAUUCUCGCUCUUUCCUUGCAAUUUUCUCGCUGAACUUUUUUGUUGUUUGUUGUUUAUUUUGUUUUGUUUUCUUUCCUGCACUCUCUCUUUCGCGGAGCAAUGGAUGCUUUCUCGUCGUUCUUCGAUUCACAAACCGGUGCCAGAAACCGAUGGAACUACGAUUCGCUCAAGAAUUUCCGUCGGAUCUCUCCUGUCGUACAGAAUCAUCUCAAACAGGUUUAUCUCACUUUGUUCUGUACUCUGGUUGCAUCAGCUGUUGGGGCUUACUUGCAUCUUCUUUGGAACAUUGGUGGCGUGCUUACAACCAUUGGCAGCCUAGGAUGUAUUGUCUGGUUACUCGCUACCAAAACUUAUGAAGAGCAAAAAAGGGUUGCACUGUUGAUGGCAGCUGCUGUCCUCGAAGGGGCUUCUGUUGGUCCUCUCAUUCAGUUGGCCGUCGAGAUUGACCCAAGCAUUUUGAUCAGCGCAUUUGUUGGAACGGCCCUGGCCUUUGGUUGUUUCUCAUUAGCAGCCAUCUUGGCAGAACGUAGGGAAUAUCUCUAUCUCAGUGGCUUGCUUUCUUCUGGCUUGUCCAUGCUUCUCUGGUUGCACUUUGCUUCUUCUCUGUUUGGAGGUUCCACAGCCAUUUUUAAGUUUGAGUUGUACUUUGGGCUUUUAGUGUUCGUUGGGUACAUGGUAGUGGACACACAGGAUAUCAUUGAGAAGGCACACUAUGGUGAUCUGGACUAUGUGAAGCAUGCCUUGACCCUCUUCACAGACUUUGUUGCUGUCUUUAUCCGAAUUCUUUUCAUCAUGUUGAAGAAUUCAUCGGAGAAGAGAGAGAAGAAGAAGAGAAGAGAUUGAGCUAUUUUUCUAAGAUGAUGGAGAUCGUGCAUGUCAAUACUGUUUUUUUAUCUGCUUGAAAAAACUGAACAAGAAACAUGUUAAUAUUUGAGACUUUUGAGUGGUCAUGGUGUUUCAUGCCAGUCUUGGAGAAAGAGUGUGUAAACUUUGUUAUCCUAACUAGUUAAUUUUAGUUUUAUAAUGUUGCUGCAAGUUUAAAGUAAA